UGGCUUGCAGGUUGCAUAAUAUAUCGCAUGCGGCAGGUGAUAAAGCAGCUGCCGAUAAUUAGUUCGGAGAGAUCUUAUUGAGUACGGUGCGUGGGGUCCUGGGUUCGAGUCCCAGGUAAGGCGUGGGUGUACCAUAUAUAUUCUGAUAUUUGACAGUUGAAAUUGAAAUUUACAAUGAAUAUAAUGACCCUUUGGCCGUUGGCGAAAGCUGUAGGACACAUAAUAUUAAAUCAAAUCAAUCUUAUUGAGGGACUGAAUAGUGUCAUAAAUUAUGGCAUUUAUGUCCAUUAGACAUUAUACUCUGUUUAAUAGUGUAUCAUUCCGUGGGGUUUUAUAACAUUUUAUUAAACGUAUUAAUUAUAUCUUUUUGACAUGUUGACAGCUGCAGCUGUUGCUUUUACGAAAACGUAAACAAAGGGCGUGUGGAUUACUUACUAAUUGCACCCCAAUAUUUUGUAAAUUUAUCUCUAUUAAGAAGAGUUUUUUGUAGCAGUCCUAAAAAAGGAAGCGGGCGAUGAAGAGUCCUGGCAGGUACCUGGGCUUGGGCCUGGCGCUGAUCAGCUACGCGUCCACAGUGAGCGUGGCCCAAGAGUACGACGUGGACGCGUCGUGGAGGAAGAUGUGCCCCCAGAUGUACCCCACGGUGUUCCCCGGCUACGCCCCGCGCGGCAACAAGACCGCCGGGGCCUACAGGAAGAGGGACGGCGUCCGCAGGCUGGAGCCGUGCAUCGCCGACUGCUGCGCGCGUGACGCGUGCAACGUCGUGUUCAUGCAUCACUCCACCUGCUACCAGAUAACGUGCAAAAACAACGAACUGUGUGUGCCUCUGUACCGCCCGGAGCCCAAGUUUGUGGAUGUUACCAUGGUGCUCGUGAAGCCAGUGUUGCCGUCUGUCUCCUGGGACGAAGUUGUGUUCCUGCUGGAGGACGAGAACACGGAGCGACUGGAAGAUGUGCUGGAGGCAGAAGAGACGCGAUACCCGAGCUCGGCGGACCUUCGCACGUGUGAAGUGGGCAUGCUGGACUGCCCCAGGCACGAGUCGUGCGUGGGCGUGGUCUCCCACUCGCGCAGCGGCCUGUGCCGGUGCGACCCGGGCUACUCCCGCAACGCCAGCGGGACGUGUGUCCUCGACGGUAACAAAGUUGCAGCAGACAUGCAGGACGUAAAACUACCAGCGGCAUUGCCAACAGAAUCGUCAUCGGAAGUCACAAAGUUGUACUCAGAAGGAGAUCUGAACGGCCAGACAGUUGCUGUUGAAACUUCAUCGACCAAACCAUUGAAGAAGCUAGUGGUGUCUGCAGUGCCUAAAGAAGUCCGUCUGCCAGAGAAUGCAGUCACCUUGUCAGCCUACACAGUUCCUGCUGAACAGUCCGGGGAGCACUACAAGUACGAGUGGACGCUGAUGUCGCAGCCCGAGGGGGGCAGCAGCGGCACCAUGAACGACCAGAAUGGCGGCACCCUCAAGCUCAGCAACCUCAUCGAGGGUCUGUACACCUUCAAGGUCAGCGUGACGGCGCCGGCGGCCUACGGGGAAGCCACCACCAACGUGACGGUUCUGCCCCAGAAGCGCAUCAACCAGCCGCCGGUGGCCAUCAUCUCGCCGGCGGCCCAGACGGUGAAGCUGCCCAACACGGGGGCGGUGCUGGACGGCUCGAGCAGCCGGGACGACGACCGCGUGGUGGGCUGGCGCUGGGAGCUGCAGCAGGGCCCGCUGGGCUACCAGCCGCGCCUCGUCGACGUGGCAACCCUGCAGCUGGACAACCUGGUGGUGCCGGGCAACUACACCUUCAAGCUGACGGUGGAAGACUCCGACCAUGCCACCAACUCCACCACCGCCAACAUCACAGUGCUGAAGGUCCCGGACUACCCCCCGGAGGCGAACGCAGGCCAGGACGUGCUGGUGUAUCUCCCCCGGAACAACCUCACCCUGAACGGGAACCUGAGCACGGACGACCGGGGCAUCGCCAGCUGGGAGUGGACCAAGAGCCCCUCCGACCAGGACAAGGCUGUCGACAUGCAGAACACUCGCACGCCCUAUCUGCAGCUGUCGAACCUGGAGAAGGGCAUGUACACCUUUGUGCUGAAGGUGACCGACACGAGUGGCCAGUCCUCGUCGGCGGAGGUACAUGUGUUCGUGCAGCUGCCAACUAACCAGCCUCCCGUCGCUGACGCGGGGGAGGACGGGCUGGUGUCCCUGCCGCAGACGUGGGUCCAGCUGAACGGCUCCCGCAGCCACGAUGACAUCAAGAUAGCAGCCUGGCAGUGGCAGCAGUUGAGUGGUCCGAGCAAGGUCUCGUUCAGUCCUGCCAACAGCUCCAUCACCAACGUCACAGAGCUAACAAAGGGGGAGUACAAGUUCCAGCUGACGGUGACCGAUGACUCUGGCAACAAGGCAACGGACACCGUCACCAUCACUGUCACUCAGAACCAGAACGCCCGCCCCAAGGCGGACGCGGGGGGGGACCAGACCAUCUCGCUGCCGGUGAGCGUGGUGCUGCUGAACGGGUCUCGCUCCAGCGACGACCUGGGCAUCGUCAAGUGGGAGUGGACGCGGGAGGGAGCGAGCCUGGCCAUGGGCACCGUGCUGGGUGUCUCCCGCUCCUCUCCCGUCCUCAUGCUGACCGACGUAGUGCCGGGCCGGUACGUGUUUCGACUGCGCGUGACAGACGACCAAGGACUGAGUGACGACGAUGUGGUUUCCAUCUUCAUUAAGCCAGACCCGCAGCUGCUGCAGCUGGUGGAGCUGACGCUGAACGUGGAGGCGGCCCGCCUCACCCGGGCGCAGCUGGACUCGCUGGUGCUGAAGCUGUCGCUGCUGCUGCGCGAGGACGCGGGCGUCCAGGUGCGCGCCCUGCGGCCCGAGGACCGCACCGGCCGCGCCGUGCUGGUGUUCCUCGUGGCGCGCCGCCGGGAGGUGCUGCCCGGCCCCGCCGUGGUGGCGCGCCUGCGCGAGAAGCUGGCCCGGGACUCGGGCCUGCUCGAGCUGGGCGUGGCGGGCGUGCGGACUGCCGUCUGCCAGAACAACUGCUCCGGUCAUGGAGUGUGCGACCAGGCGACAAGGCAGUGCCUCUGUGAGGCUUUCUGGAUGCAGGACCUCAUAUCCAAGCACUUCCAGAACGGGGAGUCCAACUGUGACUGGAGCGUGCUGUACGUGGUGAUCCUGCUGUUUGUGAGCGUGGUGGUGCUGGUGGGCGGGGCCUGGGGCCUGGUGUGCCUCUUCCAGCGCGCCUGCGUCAGGCGGCCGCGCAAGCGCCAGAAGUACGCUCUGCUGGACGACGGCGAGGACCACUCCAUGUUGUCGCACAGCAAGAUCAUGCUGUCAGAAUCUGAGUCCGACUCCGAUGUCCUGUUCGAGAGUCGCAAGUGCAAGAUGAACGGAGACGUCCGAAACGGCCACAAAGCACGGAACGGCUUCGCGAAGAUUGGGCGACGAAUCAAGACAUAAUCAUAUGUGGACGUGUGCGCUUGUUCUUGCCUAGCCAAUGAGAAUUCCAAAGUACAGUUCCGGAUUGUAUUCCCGCAGACAUAUGGCCUAACAUUCUGAAAGUGUUUUGCCCUGUAAAAGUCGUGGCUUCUGGUGUUCACAUCUGAGCAGUGGAGUAAUGGUGAUCACGACUGUAUUUACCAACAUUGUUGUCCAUCAUACAGCUUUACCUUCCCUUACGUGAGCUCAGCUGCAGGCAGUAAAAUUGUAAUAAUUAUUCUGACAUAUUUAUGAUUACAGUGUGUGUAGCUAUAAUCAAAAUAGUUGCUAAUUUCUAUUGAAUAUUUUAAAUUACUUGUUUUUUAGUAAAUCAUUUUAUUUUUAAAUUUCAUAUUUUAAUUUAGCUAUUUUUUAAGUAUGUAUUCACUUUUCAAUGCUGUUUGUGCUUUGCUCAGAAAAGUUCUGGGUAAAUAUUUUUAUUUCAUUUUACAUUACUCUUUAACUAGCAAAUUGUUUGUGUCGUCUUGCUACUUUGCUAUAAGAGCGCACAUUAUGUAAUAAAUCAUGAUGUUUAUAAAUGCAGUGGUGUGAAGAAAUUUUAAGAACCCUUGCCAUGUGUUUUGAGUUAUAAACUCAUUGCAGCAACCUUUAGAAAUGUUUUAGAAGUCACUUUAUUUAGAGAGACAGUUACAGUGGAACCUCAUUAUGAAGAACCUCGCUUCAGAGGAUUUCUCACUUAAAGUAUACAUUUUUUACAUUUUUAGCGAUUGGUCGAAUCCAAAUCUUGAAUUUGAACACAAAGAGAACCUCGAAUCACAGUCUAAGUUUCAAGUAUAAAAAUUUAAAUUUACAUUAAAUAAAACAUUUUAAUAUUUGGUGUUAAAACAUUCAACCAUUCAAAUGUUUGUUUCACAAUCUAUGUUUCCUGAAUCAAUAUAGAUAGUAAUUUAAUUUACAUAUUUCAUAUUACAAUUAUAAUAUAUUAAUAUAUUGGGCAAUUGCAAAAGUAUGGGUUCAAAGAAAAAACUUCAGAGUUGUCAGUGUUUAAUUUUUGAAUCUACAUACUACUUUUUUUUUCCCAAGAUUUUUUUUUUUAAUUUUAUUCCUUGAAUUUAAAAUCUUAAAAAUACUUAAUAUUUUAUUUUUUAUAAUGUUAUAGGUUUCGAGAAUCCAACCCACCUCUGAAGAAUGAUUUAGUUCAAUGAAAAUACUUUCAUUACUAAUCACAGAAACUAGGUUUUUUCAGGUGUAUCAUAAUGAGAAUUCACUGUAAAUGUUUUGUGGAAUUAAUUUUUUAUAUUAGUGUAUUACAUUUGUGGGUUAAGAUUUUUAUGUUUUGUACACUGCAAACAUGCAUUAAUGCUUACCACAAAUCAAGACUGUAACCAGUUAUUGGUUGAAUUGCAUGCUAGCACACAUAAUGAAAUUUGUGCAAUUGGUGGGCAGCUCAUAUGGUGAUUUACAGAAAACAGUGUUUCAUCCCCGUAGUUUUACUUUAAAUAUGUACUCAGUGUUUUAGUUGCUUGCAUUGUAGAGGGUUGAAACCAGAUAACACUUAAUUAGUAUUGCUGUUCCUGGGAUUGCAUGAAAUAUGUUUAAACUUUGCAGGUACAAGAAGGUGGUGGUUCUAAUCUGUAUGUGUAUUCAUGGCUUGCCUAGGAUGAUCAUAUGUCAGUCAGUUUGUCGAUGACCACUGGCUUGCAUACAAAAGCUGUACUUCCCAACAUCAGUGUCUUAAAGUAGCAAAUGGUGGAGUUUGUAAUUGUUAAAUCUGAUUAAGCAGCUCACACUAAAAUAGGGCUGAUUUAUACUUCAUGCAAUGUUGCAAAUGUAGCAAGGGUGUCCACCAUCUUUAAUGGGAUGAGAAAUUUGGGUAAGGAAAUUUUUAGGAAGGUUUGUUGGAGGGGGGGGGGGGGAGGAGGAGAAGAGAGAGAGAUUCAUACAAUUGUACGCUUUCAUGUGAGGAGACACACAUUCCGCAUUCAUUACUCAUGCUGGUGGCAAUAAUCCGUCCGCAAAAACAUUUCAUUGGCACUGUCUGCGUGGCAACCACCACCCAAUAAGCUUUGUUGACCAAUUGUUCCCUCACCUAUCUUCCCCCUGUUAUGUUAAUUUUUGUUAUAAAAUUAUGGUAUAAACAUUUCAUAAGAGAUGGUUGGAAAUUUUCUCUCUGUGUUUAAUGACAUCAAACUAAUUUACGAAAAUAGUGAAUUGAUUCAAGGAAGGAUAUGUAAAAAAAAUAAAAAACUACUUCGAAUUUACCUGAAAAUUUUUUUUCAAUAAAAGUUGAUAUUUUUAACCAACACACAAUUUAUCAAAAGUUUUCUUACAUGAUGGCUGUUGGAAAUUGAGUGAAUAAGUCACAAUGGUUCCAGUAAAAUUAAUAUAGAUGAUUAAAAUAGAGGUCCUGAAAAUUUAUUUAAUUUUUUAUAAUACCAUUUUCCUCCAUAUUAAUAAGACAAGAGUAAAGAUUAAUAGUCUGAAAUACAAACACCAUUGUUGAUGUGCUUCACAAUUUAUUUACAAGGGUUAGAAAAUGUGAUGUUGUAGGCAUGAUGUCAUAGCUCCUUGCUCACAAGGUGAAGGAUCACACAAGGAAACAAGUCUCAUGAUAGAACCAGUUGUGAACCAGUAAGCUACUUUGUUACAUAGUUAGGGACAAGAUUUUAUGGUUUUAUUUUUAGGCUAAUUUCAUUUUUAAACAACAGAUUUUGCUGUUAUUUUAAUGAUUUUAUUCAUAAAUAUAACAUAUUAUUAAACAAAUAUGACACUUAAAUGUUUCACAGUACUUAAUUAUUCGAAAGAGUUUAUUGUGACUGAUACAUGAUGCUCUUUUACCAUAUAUUAAUUUAUUAGUAAUAAGCAUUUCUAAUUUUUUUUGGAAAAAUAAAAUAAAUCUGUUAGAAAUAAGGACCAAUGCUGUAAUGUAAAAAUGAGUUGCCGAUAACAGUUAAUAGAUCAAAAAAAAAAAUUUCAAUCAAUUUAGAGUUUAUUUUUGUAUUUAGUUAAAUUAUUGAUCAAAAGUACUGAUUAUUUUAUGCUUUCAGUUGCACUUCGGUGCUUUAUGGGGUAUUAACUUACAUUUUGAUGUUAUAUAGUGCAUUGACAUGAUUUUCUGUGUUAUUUCAGUUUUAUCACAAUUCACCAUAUAAUCUUAUCCCUAUACAUAGUCCAUUAUGAAGUUCUAGUUAAUUUAGGAAGGGAAAAAAUGUAGGGAAUAUCAUGGUAACUGCUUCGCAUAAGCCCCAUUAGUCCACUCUUGUUUAUUGCUUCCUGCACCUUGCGUGGGGGAAAAGGUAUGGAGGCUUGGCAGAUGAGACAGGAAACACUGUGGAAUAAAGGGGGAGAGAGUUCAAAUGGAGUUUUAUCACUUGAUUCCCUCCACUUCCUUUUGCUUCUCUUCACUGUGGCUGCUAGUCAAGGCACCCCCUCCUCCUGCUUCACCGUCCUGGGUGACCACUGUACACCGCAGCAUUCUUUGCUUUCUGACCAAUGGCUUUUGAACUACAGCCAUAAAACUCAAUUUUUUUUUUUUACAGUUUAUUUUGCUGUUUCUAAGAAGGUCAAGUAAAUCACUCUUUCGAAAGUGGCACCGGAUAAUUUCUAGUAAAAAUCUGUUAAAUACAUUUAGGUAAUUAAUUUUGUUAUUUCUAUGUGUUUAAAUUGUGAUUUAUAAUCUAUGAGUUAAAAGUUUGGAGUUGCAUUAUAUUCAGAGUUGCAUUAAUUUCUUUAGGGUAUACAUAUAGAGUAUUUUGGUUGUGUCUCAUGUGUACCGUCACUUGCUCGUGUUCAAAGGAAUAUGGGUUCGGGAUGCGUGCAAUUGCCAGUUGUGAGCUGCCAUUUACCAUCACCAUAACUGUGAGCUAUCAACUGUCAAUAUUGCCUUAACAUUCUGUGUGCUAAUUUUGAAUCUAGUCAUUUGUUAAGUUCUAUGUAAUGUUAUGUUUGGACUACCCUUGAUGUGCUAUGAAGCUUUAUGCACUGUGCAUACUUGAGUAUAGUUAAUAUUGAAAAUUUAUAUUAUCAUUUUCUGUAUAAUAUACAGUUUAUAUAUAUUAAUGGUCAUUUAGUUUACUUAAUCUAUGAACAAAAUGUAAUUUUAUUUAGUAAUAAAAAACUUUACAAUGUCCUGAUAAGUUUAAAUGGGUGUAAAUAUUGUUUUAGAUGUGAUGAUGGCAAAAUGUAUACAAAAUGUAUACAGGUAGCUUAAUGUAGAACAAUUCAGUUGACUAAAUAAUUAAAUUUGUACCUAAUAUAGUGUGGUAUGAUUGUUACGCAUGUAAGAGUUAUAUGUAGACAUGUAGUGUACGUGUCUAAGAAAAUAUGGAAAGUCUGUCCUGUUGCCAUAGAAGUCAUAGUACUGGAAACCUUUGGAGGUUAGUUUAACAAACUGCUAUAUUUAAUUUACUUGCUAACAAUCUCUGUUGCUACAGAUGUAAAAAACUGUAUACAUAUUUGUUUUGUGUUGGAAACCUUAAUGCAAGUUAAUUACCAUGUAACAAUACUUAAAUUUAAUUAAUAUGUACUCUCAUGAAAUAGAGAAAUUUUUUGUGAGAAAAAUAGAUCUUAAAGAAGUUGUAAUUUGUAUCAAGCUGCUUUAAAAACUACCCAAAAACUGUUUAUUUUGAAUUUCCAUUCUGUAUGGAGUAGCAUGCAAUCUUUUCUACUUUUCUUUUUACCUGAAGUUCUGUAGUUUUGUUUACUUGUCUUAACAUUUACUUGCUCUUGAAGCUGUAAAAUAUACUUUAUCAUAUUUUUCUGAUACUGGUGAUGCUCUUCAAUCAUUUAAUUUGACAAUUUGAGCCAUUUGAGCCACUUUGUUAACAUUUACAUUUUUAGAGAUUUACCAAAUACCAAAAUUGUACAAAAGACUAGCUAUUGAAUAAUUUUGUCACUAAAUGUAAAUCAGGCGUUGGUGGAAAUAAGUUUUUCCCAGUACUUAGCAAUAAAUAAACUCAAGGACAGUAAUAAGAUAAGAAAAUGGGUCCACUUACAUAAUGGUGACUUAAGGCAAACAAAAGCUUUCAUUUUGAUUUUAUAGAGCUCUAUGUCUCAUGGCUAUGAACAGAGGCUUAGUGGGUAGCAACUCGGUGCUCAGUAAUUUGUCAUAUCGAACCUAUCUUCACGUGAGAAAUCACCGCCAAUAACCCUGAGAAGAAGGAAUUUGUUUUGUUUUUUUACCUACAAAGUUUUUCUUCCAUUUUUGAAGUGAAACUUCUUUGGGCACGAUGAAAGUAGACUUUCAAGGCCGAAUUUUAAUGCGAAGUUUUUGUGAAACAUUGUUGUGAAAUGUUUCUGACACAAACAGAACUUGGCCAAAGAGAUGUAAAGAGAGCACUAUGCUAUAUACGUUGCUGGGCUUAUUUUUGUUCUCCUCUUUGUGCGAUGAUUCGUCUUCCGCCCAAAAAAAAAUAGAACCGAGAGAGAUAGAUGAAAGACAGAAUGACAGAGUGUGCGCAUGUGCUUGUUUCAGUAAAUAUAUAGGCAUUCUAUAUACCUAGUCAGCUGUGAAUGCCUUGAAUUUUAUAUUUGCUACCAACAUGCUUGCUUUCCACCUGUUAUGAAUUUCAUAUUUCAUUAAGAAAUUCAGUGUGUUCCAAAUUACAUGAUAGUUUGAAGAAACAGUAACAUUUACAGUUUUUCUUUAUGGUGUAUUUCAACAGUGAUUAAUAUUUAUUGUUAAUUCAUGUUUUUUUCAAAUUUAUUUUUAUUUUAAUCAAAUUUCUAAUAGAAACAAAUAAAUUUAGAACUCUUAAAUACUUGAAAAAUAAAUGAAAGCACUGUGUUAUUUUUAUAAAACUUUCUUCCCCCCCCCCCCCCUUCCCCCCAGACCACUCUCUCUGCCGUUUUACUCUUUACAAGUCGAGGUUUGAAUUGUCAAAGAAGUUUCACUUCUAUCACGUGUACUGAGUGACACUUUUUUUUUUCCUGACUGUUUAAGUUGGAUUUAGUCUUCCCUCCAAGAUGUAUCAUAGCUUGAAUCAUCAAUCCUCGGUAUCGUGGAGUUUUAAAUGGGGAUAUUUCACCAAAUCUCAUCGAAGCAAGGUGGUUAUAAGUAUAAAUUUAAAUGGUGACUACUAUCCAAUUUUACACAAUUAAUUUAACUGAAAUAUUUACUAUAUUCUUUUAAAUGCUUCUUAAAAAAUGUGGGAUGAUUUUAUUUUAAAAAUACAGAAUAUCUUCUGGUUGAAUUGAUGGUUUUAAUUAUGUUUAACCUCAUCACAAAAGAAAACAUUUUGAGUAAUUUGCUAAAAAAAAUUAAUAUAAUUUUUAAAAUGUAAUUUUUUUUAUUAACAUGUGAUUAGAACAAAAAGGACACAUUGGUCUCAUUGCAAAAACCAAAAUGCAUAGCAGCUUUCAAGUGAUGUUUUGGUUUAGCAAAGUGCAUGUGCAAAAUCAAUUUUCAGUGCUUUAUAAUGAAAAACUAAAACAAUUUUUUUUUAAAUGUAAGUUUAUACAUAUUUAUAGUAACAUCCAAUUUAAAAAUACCAUAGCAAGGUUAAUACGACCUCUUACUGUGGCAAAAAUAAAAGGUAACCAAAUUGCAUUUAGCUUUCAGCAAGUCGCCAGCCUAUUGUCCAUUUUUAGCACUUUGUUGCAAAAUGAGUUUUAUAAGCUAAACAUAAAAUAAUUUAAUUAGUGACAUUUCUUCCAAACAAAAUGUUUCCACGGACGGGAAUAUAUGGCAUCUCAUUAUUGCAAAAAGUCUCACUGAGUAACCUCUAAGUUUUAGCAUUGGGUGUGCCAUGUUAUUUUCCAUGGCUUCUGGCAGUAAUGCUAGAUAAUAUUUUAUUGAAAUUUAAAGUUUUUUUCUGGAUAAUUAAAAAAAUAGCACAUUAUAAAAUAUAAAAUAAUUUAAUCAUUAAGUCUCAGAGUACAAAUUAAGCAUAGACUAGCUGCACAUGACCAUAUUAGUGAGUUUGCGACAGUGCAAUUUGAGCUGCCUUGCGCGGUUAUCUGUGAUUACAGUUAGCCGUACGUACGGAGAGAUGAGAUAAGCCAGUAGGACUGCCUACUGUGAGCCAUGUCUGCUAGCAGGAGGAGGAAAGGAACAAGUAAAUAACAAAGAAGCGUAUUGUGCCGUGAUAAUGCAUGUGGGCAGCAUCAUAAAUAAGGUUCCAAACCACUCAUUAAAAUUUUUUUAUAUCAUUUUGUUUUCAAUUUGUUUUGUUUAACUUGCUCAGGGGUAUCGCAAAACAACCCAAAUAUUUAAUAACUAUUUGCUGGUAAAAACAUGUUAAAUUUUAAUUCUUUUGGCUUCCAGUUUUGUUGGGAUUUCGUGGGAAUUGGAUAAGCUUAUUCUCCAGUCCUGUAAGUGCCAUUGAUAAGCUGACAAGCGGAGUAUGUUGAGUUGACUUACUUAGGUAAAUCCCAGAACAAGUUAAAAUAAUUAAAUGCUUAUGCAGCAUGACCACAGAAAUGCAGUGGUAUUAUGACAUUUUUAAAGUUAACGUAAAAAUUUUACAUAUAAACUAAUUGAACAAAGUACCUAGUUGGAUGAUAAUUAAAAUGUAUGAACUCAUAAUAAAGAGAAAAGUAUGAACACUAUCCGUAUUUAUGGUAUGAGGUGCAUGCAAGAAUAUUUUAGUUUGGUAGAAGUUAUUCAGAGGACUGUGCUAUAGUUGACCAAUUACUGGUUGUCCAGAAAAGUGUCAAAGAGUAGUGCUGUGUUGAAUAUUGUGUAGUAAGAGCUGUAUUUCACAGUAUCACUGUAUGUCAUUAUCUAAAUAUAUUUGCAUUUUUAUUUUAAAAGCACUGUUGUCAUUUAUAUGUAAAUGUUCACUGUUGUUUGGAUAUAUAAUUUUAUAAGCUGUAAUUUAUUGUUGCACAAUAAAAAAAAAUGGAUGCUACCUGUUUUGGAAAUUUGUGUUAACCUUCUAACUCAGUGAAAGCUAAUAUCCAAUUCAGUUUUCUCUCAGUGUAGCUGCAACAGUCUGUAACUAUACACUCCUUGUAAUUUUUCUGUUGGGGUUGUGUGAAUAUUGGUGUUCCUUAAGGAUAUGUAAAUAGAGCUGGGCCGAUGCCGAUCCCCGAUCGUAAUAAUCGGCCGAUUUUGUUUAUUUUGCCGAUCAUAAUGAUCGGCAAAACGUAGCCGAUUAUUUGAGCCGAUCAUUGGUCUCCUACUGCAAACUUAUAACAUUGAAUAAUUACCUAUACCUAACAACUUUCCAUGUUUGUUUACGGUACUUUAAGGGAAGAAAAUUUGAUUAUUCAUCGAAAAAUAAUAGGAUUUAAUAAUAACCACACACGAAAAAAAAAUACCAAUAAAGUAAACAAAUACCGUAAGUUUUAUAAACAUUGAACAGUUACAUACCUAAGUAUCAAUUUCCACGUAUAUUUACGGUACUUUCGGUAAAAUAAUUUUCCAUUAUACUAUUUGCAAAGUCAUUUAUCACUUACGAACCGAAAACUAUGUAUUUGUUUACCAUUUACGGUUAAUAUUACCGGAAUGGCGAAUGGCGACUUGUUUAGGUUGGUUAUGUGACGCCAGAGAUUAGAGUGACGCGUGUCGCGCGACGGAAUUCGUUCGGAUUAAUGGCGCUAGUAGUCUUGUGGUUAGUAAACUACUCUUCGGGAAUUCAUCUAUUUAGUUUUUUCUCGCUAAAUAUGGCCUAUUGAAAGUUUUGUUUAGCGAAAUUAAUAUUCUUAUCCUGUUUAGCGGGAAAUAGAGCUUAACUUUCUUUUGUAUAAAACCUGGUUGAUGAAGAGUUUUGUUUCCCACAGUAGAACCUCGUUAAUCCGUGACGCGCUAAUACGGGAAUCGGAUAAUCCGGGACGAUUUAAAAGUGCAGAAAAAAAAGAGAAGCUAAAAUUGUCAGCGCUUAAAAUUAACGUCACGCGGGCCGGCGGCCGGCAAACAAUGCAAGCCAUCGCGUGGGCCGCCAAACUCUGCAACGCUAUUUGUACCGACCCUUUGUGUCGCCCCCCCCCCCCCCCCCCCCUUUUCAGCUGUCACAUUUGUCACUCUUUAAACUUGAGGGGGAUGUCCUGACUUCUGCUUCCCGUCUCCCGUUUGUUCGAAUGUUGUUUCACGUGCUGCUGAGUUACUUUCCGCCCGCCAACGCACGGCAGGCGCCUGGCGAGUGACGUGUCUGUCUGGCAUUCGGCUGGUCGAAGGGGUGGAGGGGAGUGGGGAGCUACCCAAAAUUUAUGUGUACAAGGUCAGCACGAUCUUAUCUUUCUCUCUUCGGCUGUUGUAAAUGACCGUGAACUAAUGGCUAGGCAGUGCCGUAUUUUUUUAAGCCGAGACACUAAUUCGAAGACGACCCUUACCGUUAACCGAUUAUCCGGGUUUAUUAUUAUUAUUAUUUUUACAGAAUUUCAAUUAUCCGGGCAUCGGCGGGUCCCAAUGAACACGAAUAAUGGGGAGUUUACUAUUUUUAUCCAUCUGCUGCCAAGGCGCAGUAAGCCUCGGGAGAUGUUACGUCACAUGACCUUGGUCUUAACCCAGCUGCACGCCGGUGUCUGAGAAGCUUGACAAGACCUUCCGGGCUUACCUGUAUAAUCGCUAGUCCGUGAAAUUUAUAAUGUCGUGAUUUUUAAGUAAUCAUGUCAAUGAAAAGUAGUUUUGUCUGGGAAUAUUUCACCGUUUAUAGUGAUCCGUCAAAAGCAAUGUGUAAUCAGAGGUA